AUGAUGCUUUUUCCCCAGGAGACCUCUGUGAACAGUAAGGAGCCUGAGGUAGUGGAGCCCCCCCCUCCCGCUCAUACCAGGUCCACAAAGCACCGAGCCCCCAAACCUCCGGCCCCUCAGCCCCCUGUUCCUCUUCAUCUUCCUCUUCCUCUUCCUGUGGCUGUCAGCGCUACUCCGGCCUCCAUCUCCAUCUCUCCCAACCCUCCUCCACCUGUCAGGGUGUCGUCGUCCGUGGCCGGGUGGGAGCGCUCUCAGAGCACGCUGCCCUCCGUCGGGACCACCGUGGAUGAGGUGUUCUCCUCCGGGAUGAUGCCCAAACCCCCCAAGCCCUCCAACCCCCCCGGCAGUGUGAGAAGAGAGAGAGAACAGAGAGAACAGAGAGAACAGAGAGAGGGAGACGGCUCCUCCGCCAGCCCCACCUUCGCCCAGGUGAGUGUUGAAACAUCAGAUGGAAAUGAGCUGUUUGCAAAAAUCUGGCUCAAUUCAUCUCUUUUCCUUUCUGAGAUGAAUGUAUUUCUUUGCAUGGUCCUUGUUGAAGUAAAUAGUGAGAGCACUGUUUUGAACUGCUUUGGAUAUUGUGAGUGGAGCAAUGAUUGAUUGAGAGCAG